AAUAAAUGGUUGUUGUGCUUUAAAAAAUUCUUAGUACUCCUCUAUAAUUGAUUUUAAUGCGAAAUUGAUGAUUUUGUUAUUAAAUUUAAUAACACCAAAUGAACACAAGCAUGUUAAUAGUGAUUAAAAAUUUGUGAAGAAAAACAGCAACCACCGGCGGCGAGCAGAAGUGAUGGCGGCGGUUAGGCAGAGGGCGGUGGCACUACCGGCGCUAAUGCGAGCGCUUCGGAAAGAGGCGCCGCCAAGGCACCACAUGGCUUUGCCGUCGCUUAGAAGAGCUUUCUCUCUCUACGAUCAGAUUAAUAUUAUCACUGAAGUCCCCGAAGACCAGCUCCGUUUCCAGGAGUUUGAUGACACAGGGUUCAAAGUAAAUGGAGUUAGUUAUGAAGGUAGCAUACUUUGUGUAGGAAAUUUAUUGAUGUCUUGGACACCCAAGAAGUUCUCAGAUAUCACUGCUGAAAGCUUGUCUAUUUUUAAGACCUUGCGGCACAUACCAGAUUUUAGUUCUUGGCUGUGGGAGGCAUAUUCAACCGGUAAAUCCUGAACUUCGUAACUUCAUUCGUUCGACUGGCAUGAAACUUGAAGUCAUUGACUCAGUAAGUUCCUCUCAUCACAGAACAUGCGUUUUACCGUGUGCUUCCAUUUCCCCAAGGUUUCUUGAUCAAACUUUUCCUCGUUGCUGAAGACAGUGGUAGGAAUCAUAUAGUUUAUUGAUGUUUUUGUUGUUUUAUAGAGAAAUGCAGCCUCUACUACAAUAUAUUGAACGAAGAGGGCAGAAUUGUAGCCGCGGCACUUAUCCCACACGGAGUCACUUCUUGAACCUGUAAUGUUUCUGUUUUUUUUACUCUCUUUUUGAAUGAGUCUUUGUAUUAAUACUCGGCUAAGCUAUUUUAUUUUUUUCUUCUCAAUACCAAUAUUGCUUUUUUUU